ACAACUAUAGUUUUUUUUUCAUUUUCCUCCACAGGAGAAAUUAAAUAGCAUAUUACAUUAGUUUUGUAGGCGUCGAAAGCCUUAAGGGUUCGUUUCUACCCAGGUUUGAACUUUUAAGAUUCAGUCACUUAAAAGCCGAGUAGAUUUAGACGCUAAGCAAUGAAACCCAACAUAAGUGCGGACACAGUAUGCAAAGCCCUGAUCAAAUCCAGCAAUGGCAGCUGGGACUCCUUGGUAGAACAGACCCUCCACAGACUGGGCUGCAGGAGUCUUCUUCACCCGUCUCUGGUAGCCCAAGUCAUCAAUCCAGGCCUCCAAAACCACCAUGAACUGGCCCUUGGCUUCUUCAACUGGGCUGCUCAACAAUCAGGUUAUUCUCACAACUCUGCUUCUUAUGAAGCUUUAAUUCAAUCCCUUAGAAAUGCAAAGCAAUUCAGAACAAUAGAAAAAGUUGUAAAACAAAUGAAACUACAAAAGCUGGAGUUGACAACAUCCAUUUAUACUUCAAUUGUCAAGGCCCAGAUACAACAGGCCAAAAAGAGUUUAGAUGCAUAUAGAGCUUACAGAGAAAUGAAGAGUUUGGGGCAUAGAUUGGACGCGGGUCUUUAUAAUUCUUUGUUGAGCAGCAUUGCUUCAGAUGGGCAUAUUGAUUUGGCUCAGGAGUUGUAUUUUGAAAUGAGGUCCGAGGGUGUAAUGGUCAGUGCAGUUGGGUUUGGGAUCUUCAUUGGGGGAUUCUGUAGGUCAGGAGACAUUAAAAGGACUCUGGAAAUCAUAGAUAGUGCCAAAGGAAUCCAUGUUCCAUGUUUUAGGGGCUCAAUUGUUGCUACAUUGGUGAUUCAUGGACUCUGCCAGGGGUCUAGGAUUGAUGAAGCUUGGUGGGUGUUGGAGGAAUUGAGGGCUAGAAACUGUAAGCCUGAUUUUGUUGCGUAUCAAAUUGUAGUUGAAGCUCUCAGGGAUUUACAUAGAUUUGAUGAGGCUCAGAGGGUGUUGAAGCAGAAGAGGAAGCUGAGCGUAGCUCCUCAUGCGCAUGAGUAUAAGGAGUUUAUAUUUGAACUUGUUGCCGAGAAAAGAAUUAAGGAGGCCCAUGAUAUAGCACGGUUGAUUAGAAGAGCAAACUUUCCUUUGGAGGAAGAUGUUUUUAAUGUCCUUAUUGGGUCACUUUCCAGCAUUGAUGCAGAUACCGCAUUGGAACUUCUUCAGGCAAUGGUAGCUACUGGCCAUAUUCCUAACAGCCUUACUCUUUGCAAUUUAGUUCAGGGUCUUUGCAAUAGUAGGAAAGUGGAUAAGAUUUGGGAGUUGUUUCAAGAAUUUGCUGGAAAGGGAUUAAUUAAAGACACAGCCACUUACAAUUUCAUGCUUUUUUCACUCUGUAAGAGUGGGAAAGUAAGGGAAGCUUACAAGUUUUUUGAAAUAAUGAGGAAUAAUGAACUCUAUCCUAAUGUUGAAAGCUAUAAUACUUUGAUGGAUGCUUGCUGCAAAGCUGAUCUGUUGCGUCCAGCUAGAAGGCUUUGGGAUGAAAUGUUUAGGGAAGGUUGCCACCCAAAUGCCCAAACUUAUAAUAUUCUCAUCAUGAAGUUUUCAAAGGUGGGGGAGGUUGAGGAGGCUGAGAGGCUUUUUCAACAAAUGUUGCAGGAUGGUGUCGCUCCAGAUGCGCUCACAUAUAGAUAUCUAAUUGAUGGUUUGACGAGGGACAAUAAAGUAGAUGAGGCUCAUCAGAUUUACAAAGAUUACUUGAAGAGUGGAUUGGCUCGAGAUGUGCCUGCCCUUAACAAAAUUUGUCAGUGCUCUUUACAACUGAAGUGAGUUUGACUUAGUCGAUGGUAUUUUAGGGUCAGUGAAUCCAUUAGAGGAGCAAUGAUAUGUCCCUACUUGUGUUAGUGUAAUUGCCAACCUUAGGUAAUUAGACCAAAUGAUAUUAUGUUAAUUCCUUUGCACUCACAAUCUAUCUCUUCAAACCAAAAUUAUCUCUUGUGAGCUUGUGAGUCUAGACUACUGCAAUUCUUGUUUUAGAAGUUGCUAGCAUAGCUACAUAAUUCUCAAAUUUGAAAGCGGUCUAGAAGUUAGUGUUUAACCCUCAUGAUGUGUCCUAAAAUACAGUUUUGGAACAUAAUGGACUAUUUCCAAGCUAUGGGAUACAAAUUUCAUUUAAUACUUGAUGCUGGGUAUAUUUGAAACAUGAUAGGUGAGGUAUUGAAGCAGUUCGGUACUCUGAAAUACAAUGCAUUGGAAAAUUCUGUUGGUACAUGACAGCUUCUACGAAACAUUUCUAGUUGUGGGAGACAUAAUCAUGUUUUUUAUUCACAUGAGAUUUCGUCUCCCAUGUUGAGGAACAUUACUUGAAUAAUUCUUUCUUGACUGUCUCAUUGAUAAGAUAAUCAAGCUCAUUGUAGUCCUUGCAUAAGAGAGUUAUGUAGUUUUGUCA